CCCCCGUGAGUCCGAGGAGGCGGGAAGGGAGCAGGCGCUGAGGAGGGGGCGCCAGAGGCGGCUGGCUCCUGCUGCUGCCUGCCUUCCUGGAUUCGGGGCCGGGGCCCAGGGGGUGGGCCAUGUCCACGGGUUCCCUGAGCGACGACGCCGAGGAGCUCCCAGAGAUGGAGCUGAGGGGCCUGAGGGAGCUGGCCUUCCCGGGGCUCUCCAAGCGGCGGCCCUCGGUGGGUCACUCCUCGGCUGCGGAGGAGGAGGAGGAAGAGGAAGAGGAGGAGGAGGAGGAAGUGGCCAGGAAGAAGAAGCGGAGCAAGGGCCCUUCCGUCGGGAAAAGGGCCUCCGCCUCGUGCUCCUCGGGGGAGGGCAAGCAGAGCCAGCGCAACGCGGCCAACGCCCGGGAGCGGGCCCGGAUGCGGGUGCUGAGCAAGGCCUUCUCCCGCCUGAAGACCAGCCUCCCCUGGGUGCCUCCGGACACCAAGCUCUCCAAGCUGGACACCCUCCGACUGGCCUCCAGCUACAUCGCCCACCUCCGGCAGCUCCUCCACGAGGACCACCGCUACGAGAAGGGCGCCGGCGGAGGCUACGUCCACCCGGUCAACCUGACCUGGCCAUUUGUGGUUUCUGGAAGACCGGAAUCAGACACCAAGGAGGUUUCAGCAACCAACAGAUUAUGUGGAACUACAGCUUAGUUAAAGUGAGCAGGAUUCUUGGUGGAUA